GAGGAUGAUGCAUAUUGAAUUAAGCGUCGCGAGGCCAACAUGCAUGUGGGUCAGCACAUCCAAUUGUCUCAUCUGCCGGCAGCUCGUUCAUGACCACCUGGUUGCCGUCUCUGCGCUCCCAUUGGCAACGGUUCUAGAUCUACGCAUCAACGCGCAGACCUAGAAAGGUCACCAAGAGGAGCGUCACGGUACCAGGCAGUCUGAUGAAAGCCGCCCGUCCAUCAUCCAAUUAUCCGACCGUUGCAUAGCUUGACGAAAGAAAAAACAUGACCAUGUACACCACACACUCCACACCCACUCCGCCACACGCCGCCCUCUCUCUUCUCGCUGGCUGGCUGGCUCGCUGCAUUGCAUGGUUGCGAUGGAUGCACUUACAAGACCAGCCGGCAAAACUCGCGUGCAUCCAUCCAUCCAUCAGCCGCCCACCCAUGUGUGUGUAUCCGUGUGUGUGUGAGAUCAGAGGUUGACGAGCAGGUACGAAUGGCCAUAUCGCGGGAACAUCAUGGGAGGACCUGCAACAAAACAAACGCAACGAACCAGGCACAGAUGACGACCGACGGACCGACCGACCGAAUGAUUCACACAUCUUUGUCUGCCCUGCCCACCCCGCCCCGCCGCACACACCUGCUUGCCACUCGUCCAGCUCUGGUCUGUAGAACUCCGUCGCGUUGAGCACGUCACCGUGCUGACCACCGCCAACCUGUCAAAAUAGAUGAAUGUGUCCAUCCACACGUGUGUCACCUCACCCGGCCCUCAAUGGCUCACCAUGAUGGAGUCCGAGAUGACGACCGCGGCGCAGUCCAUCCGCUGCAGCGUCAUGCUCUUGCGGAAACUCCAAUUCUGCAAGGAUGACAUGUGCAGGUGUUUGUUGGCGGGCUUGGUUUUGUGGCUGUGUGUGGUUGUAGCUAAGCUCACGAGUGUGUCGGGGUCGAGGACUUCGAGCGAGUCGUGCACCUGCUGGCUGUUGUCCGUCCCGCCCAACGAAUACACGUGGUUCAGGCAACUCACCGACGAACCCGCUGACCGCACCUGUGUGACCGCCCCACACCACCCCACACCGCCCAUCCGUGAUUGUAGUGCAGCCCGCCAUCCAUCCCAUGUAUCUAUCUAUCGCACCUCAAUCAUGUCAGCGCUGAAUGCCUCCCACUUGUUCAUGCGGGCCUCGUACGUCUCGACGGUCCGCAGACGCUCACCACGGGUGCCACCCAACACGAACAAACGAUCACCUGCAGGCAGGCGGCAUCACACACUCCCUUGAGCACCCACCCAUCGUGUGAGUCGCUUCCUGUGCCUCCAUGUGUGUGUACCCUGGACGGAGCAGAGGGCGGACGAUCGGGGCGUGGUGAGGGGUGUGAUCUCCAUCCAGUUCUUCAUGCGGGGGUCGUAGCUCUCAACAGAACUCAAAAUGUUGGCACCGUCAAAGCCGCCUAUCGCAAACAACCUGCAUACACUCUCACAGAUCCCUAUUACGUCUUGUCUUAUGGGGGCAUGAUGUGGCCGUCAUCUGUGCCACCAGCGGACCUCUCGCCGAGCGCCGCGCCGCAGGUGUUCCUCCUGGGCACGUUGAGGGACGGCCCGAGCAUCCAGUUGUCACGCAAACAGUCGUACACCUCGGUCUCACACAAGGCCUACACAAACACGUGACGCCCAUCCAUCCAUCCAUCCAUCUCUGGCAACCUCCCUCCUUGGCCCCUGUGUUGGUACCUUACCUUGUAGUCGAGGUUCUGUCCCCCAUAGACGUAGAGGCGGUUGUGCAGCACCGCAGACCCGAAAUACGUCCUUUCUGAUUCAAUGAACGGAAGCGCAGAGCAGAUGUGAGGCUUGUGUGUGUGCGUGUGUGCCUGGCUUGGUGAGGUGGCUGCCUACCGGUGGUCAUGGGUCUGCAUGGCCUCCAGCACUGCUGGCCGACGUCCAGCACCUCCAUCGCCCGCAGAUGCUCCAUCCCGUUGUGCCCGCCGACAGCAAACACUGCACAAGUCAAUGCACACCAUGUGUCUGUUUCGAUCUUAAGAGGCAGUGUGUGUGGCUGUGCCGUGGUGAGAGCCUACCGAGGCUGAAGGGGAAGAAGCGAAUGCCGUAGAACUCCGCCUCCUUGCACACCGACACACUCUCAGAAUCGUCCCUGUGCGCACACAACCCACCACAGGAUCAGUACCUCAAUCAGUCAAUCAAUUGACCUGACCACCCUUUUGUGCUCUCUCUGCCUGCCCAUCCUGGCUGGCACAUCACCUACCUGGGUGUGGGCGGCACGGCGGGGUUUCUGAGGAAGUUGAGGACGACGCGGAACAGCUCACUGUCGCGAUCGAUGAAGAUGCGGCCUUGCCUGUCAUUGCAGUGCGCACAUGACAUAUACAGACCGAUCCAUUGGCCAGAAUCAGAGCGUGUGUGUGUGGGCACCUGUCUCUGCUGACGGGGUGUCUUCCGCUGAGCAGCGCCUCGAGGUACGAGCCGCUCUGCUGGAUGAGCGUGUGCCGGGACGUCUCGAAUAUCACUCCACCCACAUUCAAAUCGACCAUCGUCUCAGCAGCUACACACACACACAGCAGCCACGCACCAGCCAUACAGAUGCAAGGAAAACCUUCAUGUGCUCUCCUUGGGUGUGAGGGCUCUCCCUGACUUUACUUACCGAUGUUGCUGUCUACGAUCCGCCUCCUCUCGACCUCAAAGGCCUCGUACUCCUGUCGGAACUUCUCCCUUUCGAGAAGGUGCUUGCGCCGCUGCUGCUCCUUCUCCUGGUCGAGCUUGCCGCGCUCCUCGUUGAUCUUGCGGCGGGCGUCCUCCCGCUCGAUCUGCACCUGCUUCAACGCUGUCAUCAUCUCACUCUCGGCCUUACGACGCUCCUCCUACACACACAAUCACACACACACACAGGGAGGGAGAGAGAGAGAGAGAGAGAGAGAGGACCAGAGGGAGCCAAUGCACCGCAGUGGAAUGUGACGCCCCCCGACGCCCCGACUUGCCUUGAUCUUCUCGUAUUCGACGGUUUUCUCGGUCAUGAAUUGCUUCCACACGCGCGCCUUCUCCUCCUCAAAAGACUGCCGCUCCUGCCGCAGCGUGUCCCGCUCCCGACGCAGGUCACUCUCGGUCUUCUUGAGCCAACCGAUGAACGUCCGCCGCAGGUCGCCAACCAUCGUCUCGAAGUCUUCAGGCGAGGCGAACGACGAACUGCUGGCGCCCGCGGCGCCACCCCCUGGCGGCUUCUCGUUGAGCACUGUGGACGGGAGCGGCAUACCGGGAGGGGAAGAGCCCGCCACGCUGCCGGGCAGCCCUGGGCCGGCAUUAGAGGCAAAGGGCGACACCGAUGGGGCGCCUCCGCCAGGAGUGGUCUUGAAGGGCACGCUGUUGAAGGCCGACAUCAUCGCAUCCUUUUCCC